AGGAAACCGGAAUUCAUUUCUACUACUCCCCACAGACUGAGGAAGAGGCUAUCAGCACCGGAUCUAAGAUCUGACAGCGAGAGCGACUACUCUGCCUCUAACUCUGAUGAUGAUAUGGACGAUAGGCCAGCUACAGCUAAAACACCAAGUAAAUCGUCACAGAUGCCGAGUGAACCUUCUCAGACCCCUGGUAAAACACCAUCCAAAAGAGGGAAGAAAAAACAGAGCAAUUUGGUAGAAGAGUACUUUGAAGCCCACAGCAGUUCCAAGGUCUUGACAUCAGACAGAACAUUACAAAAGUUACAAACGCCAAAGUUAGACCAGGAGACAUUGCGGAAGCUCCUGGUCCAGUCUCCCUCAGUGUUUGCCAAUGAUCUUCACAAUCUUAAUGAAAAACAUGAGGCGUUCUUCUAUAAGUGGAUGCUGCAGCUUCACUUGGGCUUUAACAUUGUCCUUUUUGGUCUGGGCUCCAAACGGAACCUCAUCGAACAGUUCCGGACUACGUUACUGCAAGACUCUCUUCACAUUGUUGUCAAUGGGUUUUUCCCAAGCAUCACAAUCAAAUCUAUCUUGAACUCCAUCACAGAAGAGGCACUUGGUUACUCUGGAACUUUUCGUAGUCCAUUGGAUCAAAUGAACUUUAUAGCUCAGAAGUUCAAAGAGGAACCAUCUCUAGAACUUUAUCUUCUUAUCCAUAAUCUGGACAGUCAUAUGCUAAGAGGAGACAAAAGUCAACAAGUACUAGGGCAGCUGGCUUCUAUCGCCAAUAUCCAUGUUCUGGCUUCCAUUGACCACAUGAACGCCCCCUUAAUGUGGGACCAGUCAAAGCAAAGCCUCUAUAACUGGCUGUGGUAUGAAACGACUACUUAUAGUUCCUACAUAGAAGAGACAUCCUAUGAAAAUUCAUUGCUGGUGAAACGCUCUGGAGCACUGGCCCUCAGCUCGCUCACUCAUGUACUCCGCAGUCUCACACCCAAUGCCAGGGGCAUUUUCCGUCUGCUUGCAGAGUAUCAGAUGGCCAACAAAGACAACCCUUCAUAUACAGGUCUCUCAUUUCAAGAUUUUUAUCAGCAAUGCCGUGAAUCUUUUCUGGUCAACAGCGACUUAACGCUAAGAGCUCAGCUGACUGAGUUUAGAGACCAUAAGCUUAUACGAACUAAAAAGGGUCCAGAUGGAGUGGAAUAUUUGUUAAUUCCUCUGGAUUUGGGGACCUUAACAGAUUUUCUGGAUAUGGAAGACAAAGAAGGAUAAGAACGUGCUGUUGAUACAAGAGCGUCAAUUGUAGCCUGUGCUUGAGGACCUGUUCGGUGAUUUUUAGAUACACGGUUUGGAGGCUAGUGACACAACAGGAGAACGUGGCUUACAAAUAUAUGGGCGUGCAUAAGUGGAUGUUAUAGUACUGAGCAUCUCUAAGUUUUUGCAUCUUGAGAGAUGUACAUUGCAUAAAAAUCGCAUUCACUAUUGGCUGCUGUGCGGCAAACAGUUAACAUUGAUUAUGAGCAUGUUAUAAUGCAUCAGGUCAGAAUAUUAGCAACCAGUUUUCAAAAUGAACGCAAGGGAAAAGUGGAGCAGUUGGUUGUAGCAAUCAGAUUGGUAUUUUCCAAAGUUACUUUUGUAAAUAUGAGCUGAAAUCUAAAGUCUAAUAUUAAAGGGGUUUUCUGGGAGUAGAAUAUUGAUGACCUAUCCUCUGAAUAGGUCAUCAAUAUCUGAUCGGCUGUCGUUCGAUUCCCGACACCCUCUCCGAUCAGCUGUUAGAAGAGGCCGUGGCGCCCACAGCAUACGAAGCACAGCGCCGUACAUUGUAUAGCAGCUCUGCAUGGUAUUGGCAUUCAGGCCCAUUCAUGUAAAUGGGAUUGAGCUGUACAUGGGUCUGGUGACCAAGGAACGUGAUAUCAGUGGCCUAGGAAGAGGCUGCAGCACUCUGACGCCACACUACAGCUUCAAACAGCCGAUCGGCAGGGGUGCUGGGAGUUGAUAUCGAUUAACGUACCAUGAGGAUAGGUCAUCAAUAUUCUACUCCCGGAAAAUCCCUUUAACCUUUUAUUUAGAUCAAUUUUAGAGGAGCGUAUUCAGUCCAAGAAAUGUGCUCCAUUAUAUAUUACUUUAUUUAGUUCCCUUCUUUUUUUUUUUUUUUUUAACACGUUAUCCCAUGGACC